AUGUCUAAGGCCGCCCUUGAUCAGCUCACGAGGGCCCUGGCGGCCAAGUACAUUCUGGAUGGUGUCAGGGUCAACUCAGUAAACCCAGGAGUCAUUUCAACCACUAUCAUGCAGAAGCAAGGUAUUUCUGAAGAAAUGGCAAGAAAGGGCGAAGCUGCCAUGGCAUCAAACAGAUCUUUGAUACCGGCAGGUCGAAUUGGAAGUUCACGUGACGUUGCUGAAGCGAUCGCCUUUCUUAGCCGAUCGCCGUGCUUCAUCAUUCAUUGUAGGCCACUCCUUGGUCAUCGAUGGAGGAUCGUCUAUUAUGUGCCCAAUUUUCGGACUUGA